CCGUGCCAGGAGCUGCACAUCUGCUGCUGGCUUCCUCCGCUCGCCUACCCAGCCAUGGACAGCUCCCUGCACGCCACGCUCGGCCUUCUGCUCGGCUGCUGCCUGUGGGGCGCAUGGGGCCAGACCAAGAUCCACGUUAGCAAUGGGGGGAUAUGGGGCACGUGGGGCGAGGAACAGUCCUGCCCCGGCAACAGCUUCGCCGUUGGGUUCUCCCUGAAGGUGGAGCUGCCCCAGCUCGCCGGGGACGACACGGCGCUGAACGGGAUCCGGCUGCUCUGCUCCGACGGCAGUACCAUCCAGUCCAACGUGGGGCCGUGGGGCUCGUGGGGCCCAGUGAAGAAAUGCCCCUCGGGGCAGCGGCUGACCCAGUUCCGGCUGCGGGUGGAGCCCUGCCGGGGCCUCAAGGACGACACGGCUGCCAACAACAUCGAGUUUGUCUGCACGGGCGGGGCGGAGCUGAGGGGGGACGGGCGGUGCUGGGGCAAGUGGGGCCCCCAAAGCCGUUCCUGCGGCCCGCGGGGCAUCUGCACCAUCGCCACCAAGGUGGAGGCCCCCCAGGGCAAAGGGGACGACACGGCCCUGAACGAUGUCUAUUUCAGAUGCUGCAGGCCUGAAACCCUGACCACCACCACAGCCCUGCCCCCUACCACCACAACCCAGUCCCCCACCUCAACGCAGCCCCCCACCUCCACAACCCAGACCCCCACCUCAACCGAGCCCCCCAUCACCUCAACGCAGCCCCCCACCUCCACUACUGAGGAAAUGGGCUCCGGGAUGUGGUUGUAGUAACUGGGACUGGAUCAAUCAUUGUUUCAACCGAGGUGCUGUAGUGGCACCAAAUCUUGUAUAAAGGGGGUCAAAUAAGGUGUCUAGGACAAGGUUCUGGGUUGCUGGUUAUGAUUAUGCUGGCUGGGUGCAUGUGUCAUUCAAGUUAUAAGUAUCGGCUCUGUCCUGUCUGUAUUUCACACUUGGGCUCUGCUUCUGGGUGACACCCCAGACAAGCUGGUGUCAGCGCUGCCUAGCCUGCUUGAUGGCCCAUUAAGGACCAUCAGCUACAACUGACCCACUGAGAGACGGCAAAUACGCCUUGUGACUCAGCAAGGCAGGGACCUGCCUAUGGACCAAACUCUGAGGUUUUUCUGUGGUGCCAUGUGCUGGGCGGCUUGUCUUUGGGACAAAGGAAGCAGAGACACAGGGCAAGAGACUAUAACAGGCAGCUGCAGCUCCUCCAUCUGGUCUUCAAUCCUGCUUCUCACCUCUGGAGGGACUUUGCUACAAACGGAAGCUCUGAACAAAGGACUGAGGACCCGUCCCAGCUGGGGAUGUGCCAGAGACUUGAUUUGAACCUGCAGUUUAUUCUAUCACUGCUACAAGCCUGAACCAAGAACUUUGCCGUCACUGUACGUAACUGAUUCCAUGUGACCAGUUCUAGCUCUCAGCGAUAUCUUUUCCCUUUUAUGAAUAAACCUUUUGAUU